AUGUAUCCGCUUUCUGGACUCCCUGUUAUACCUCCUAGGGGGAAGCAGCUCUGGUCAUCUGUGAUCUGCGUCAUUGCUUUCAUAGUCCUGGUCUUCGUCGGCGUCACGGCCGGAUUGCGCCAGUCUGGUGCAUUGCUGGAUUAUAUCGUCGUCCCGAAUACAAAAAACAUCCCGGAUGCCCUUCACCUCUCAAGUCGCAUUUUCUCUCGAUCUUCAAUCGACGAGAUCGAGCUCAAGCGGUCUACGAAUGAUGGAUUGGGUCUGCCGGUCGAGGUUACGAGCAAUUGGGCAGCGUAUGCUCCCUGGAAGCCUGCGGGCAACUACCCAGCGCCUCCACAGGGAUGUGCAAUCACGCAGGUGAACCUCAUUCAACGACAUGGAGCUCGGUUCCCUACGUCUGGAGCGGCCGAAAGGAUAGUCUCCAGCAUUGGAAAACUCCAGAAUGCGACACAGUAUCUGGACACGAAGUUCGAUUUCUUGAAGGACUUUGAGUAUGACUUUGGGACGGCCGAUUUGAUUCCUUUUGGGGCUUCUCAAUCAUUUGAAGCGGGCAAAGAAGCUUGGGAAAGGUACUCAGAAUUAGUCAAGAGCGGAGGCGAGGCGCCGUUUGUGAGGGCUAGCAGCUCUCAGAGGGUGGUGGAUACCGCAACGAAUUGGACUGCCGGCUUCGGGAAUGUCAGUCUGGCUAGUUUCGCACCCACACUCAGCGUUGUCCUUUCUGAAGAUGCCAAUGACACCUUGGAAAAUGGGAUGUGCACUAAUGCUGGCAAUAGCGACGACCAAACCGAUGACUGGCUCUCCGUAUAUGGGCCAUCUAUCGCAGCACGUCUGAACGAGAAGGCCCCUGGAGCGAAUCUCACGGACGACGAUAUCUAUAGCUUGAUGUCGAUGUGCGCGUUCCAUACCCUCGUCUCUAAAAGCAAGAGUCCAUUUUGCGAUUUGUUCGAAGAGAAGGAAUGGGCCGCAUUCGAGUAUUGGGGAGAUUUGGACAAGUUCUAUGGGAAUGGGUACGGUCAAGUCCUCGGCCCCGUCCAAGGUGUAGGCUACGUCAAUGAGCUCAUUGCCCGCCUCACGAACUCCCCUGUCCAAGACCACACCCAAACCAACGCGACACUUGAUUCGUCAUCCGCUACAUUCCCCCUUAACCAAACAUUCUAUGCCGACUUCUCUCACGACAACCAGAUCAUCUCCAUCUUCGCCGCUAUUGGUAUUUUCAAGCAAUAUCAGCUCGCUAAUCAGACUUUGGACCCUACAACGCCGAAUGCGAAAAGGACGUGGAUCACGUCAAAGUUGGUACCUUUCAGUGGGAGGAUGGUGGUUGAAAGGUUACAAUGCAAUUCAAAUGCUGGUGAGGCCCAUGCGAAUAGUGGGACGUAUGUGAGGUUGUUGGUGAAUGAUGCGGUGCAGCCAUUGGAGUUCUGUGGUGGUGUUGAGGGAGUAGGGCUUUGUGAAUUGGACGCUUUUGUGGAAAGCCAGGCGUACUCGAGACAGGAUGGGGAGGGUGACUGGGAGAAAUGCUUUGCGUAG